AUGAGUGAUUAUGCAUCGUCUUUGGGUUUCAUUUAAUUUUGGGGUCACUCCAAGCAAUUGAAUCUUGUUACUCCUCAAAUGAGCGGGACCAUCAAUAUAUUAUUGAGUGGAGUAAGUGAUUUGCGUCACCUUCUUGAAACUUGCUUAUGCAAUCAUAAUAGAGAUGAUUUACAACUUAAUUUUUAUAUUCAUGAGAAAAAUAAGGAGACCGUAUGCAGAUCAUUAUUGUUAUUAUUGAUCAUGCACACAAGGAAUUUUACCUACAGAGAAAGAAGUGAUAUGUUUCUAGAAGUCUUUGGAAACACUUUCUUAAGAGAAUCUACAACCAAUUACAUUGACAAGGUCAUUCCAUUUUUAGAUGAUUUGAUUGCUAAAGAAACUAAAUUUACAUCCGCGCUUAAUUAAAUGGUGGAUCUCAGGGAAUUGAAAUUCAAAGACAGAGAUGAAAUGACCGAAGUGAUCAGAUCAUGGUAUUCAUACUAAGAAUUCAAAAUCGAAAAACUUAGAGAUCAAAGAUUAAGACAUCAUUAUGGCAUUAGAUUUGAUCAUCGUCUUAACAUGAUUGAUUGGGAUUAUCAGAUGAACUUAAAAGAUUUUGCACCCAUUGUUCACUUCAUUCAUUAUAAAGAAUGGAGACAAUCUGGAGUUGCCUUUGAAUCACGAUAUGCCAGCUAUCCAACACCUAACAGGACCCUGGCAAGUUAUCUACCAGGAAAACAUAAAUAAACUAAAGACAGCUUAUUGGUUAGAGGCUAUUGGGGAGACAUAGUCGUCUCUCCUUACAUUGCAUUUGGAAUCUAUACCAGCGUUCAACCUGAAAACGAAUAGCUCUUCAAAGUAAGAAAUACUCAAUAAGUAUCUCAUGCGGUAACUGUUUCAGAAUUCAAUAUUUAACAUAUGAUUUAAAAAUUUGAUAAUGGUACUGAUUAUCAUAUCCAUGUUGAUGAAUAUUUGGAGAGAUAAGAUAACAAAUAGAAAUAAAAAGAAGAAAAAUAAAAAGAAGAAGGAUUAGAAAAAAUAGAUGAAAAAGAGGAAGAAAAUGAAUAAUAAGAAUAGGAAAAAGAAACUGAAUAAUAAUAACAAGAAUAAUAAGAAUAAUAAUAAUAAUUAGAUAAAUAAGAAGAUACCAAUAUAUCUGAAUUAAAUACUACCAUUACAGAUAAAUCUAUUAAAUAAGUUAUUACCAAAGACAAUAUGAUAGUUGAAAUUCAAUAAGAUCCCUUAUUAACUUUUUAAAAAUUAAAAGUAAAAAUUAUACCAAUCUUUGAAGAUUUCGAUAAAUUGUAUGGGAAGAAGAAAUAUCAAAAUUUCUUUGAUGUUGGCGUAUUAGGGUUUAUGGAAUCAAUAACUGUAAAAGACCCAAAGCUGAGAGAAUUGUUUAAGAAAUAAUCUACGUUAUUUGUUGAAUCCACUUAAUUCAUAGUUCCCUUUACAAAAGAGGAAAGAAUUAAAGGAAAUGAAAAUGUGCAGAAAAUAAGUGUUAGCGACGGAGGAUGGAUAUUGUAAAAUGGAAAUUUGGAAUAUAUUACUUUAAUUUAAAAAUGAAGAAUUAAUAUAUAUUGUUUUUAGCAUUAUCGAUUGU